AUGGACGCAUCAAUUGACGCUCUAGGCAAGGUACAGAAAGUCCACCAAGCCCAGUCGCGUUUCCUGAUUUGGUACCCUGACCUUACGGCUGUUGUGCUUGGACCCGCUAAGCCGCCUUCUCAUAGAUACCCAUCACAGAAUGAGAUCGAUGAACUUCUCGGUGACUUGAGAAGUGUGAGCGACUUUUUGUUUGACACGGAACAUCGGUUCUGCUCUGGCCAGGAGAACGAGUGGAAUAUGCUAAAGCCAUUGGAGGAGGUGACAGCUAGCUUAGAGAGACAGCUGGAUUGUAUUCAGUUGGCAAUCAACAAGCUUAAUUCUUACCGUGGACCUAAAGAUAUCUACGGCAUGUAUCAUGGUGUUCUCGUGGCGCCGAGCUGGCCAAAGCUGACAAAGAGGAUGGCACCGAAAGACCUCGUCCUUCGUACAGCCACGGGUGUAGUGAUGGGUGGCUGA